AUGGACGCAAAUGCAGUGGAAUCUGCCCUAGAGUCGUGGGGUGUGCAGUUAUCGCCCGAAGGCCUCUCGGCUCUAGAGCAAUCUGGUAUUACUUCCCCAGAUGCAGUCAAGAAAUAUAUUUUGUCUGCCGAUCUGAGGCGUGUACAUCUUGCUUCUCAUCCCGCGGAUCUGAACAAUUUCAGCGCCCUAGUGAGCAGGUCCAUGCAAGCUCCACCUGAAGCUGCGGCAUAUGCCGCUACUGCAGAGCGCCCCCAAAGUGGCGCUUCUUUGGUUUCCAAAAUUUCCCUUAAAAAACCGCUACUUUGCAUGGUCAUGUCGUUUCAGGAUGUGCGGCUGCCCUCGAAAGAUGUCGAUGAAGACUUCUCAUGUGGCUCUCAAGGAAUUAAGGGGAAUCAACGGCGGCUGCUUUCUUUGAAACUUACAGAUGGUCGUGGCUCGCCUUUUACGGGCAUUGAGUUGCGUUUCUGUGGGCAGCUGGAUUCAGUUCCCCUCUUGCCGGGUGUGAAAUUGCUGCUGUUGCCAGGCCUAAUACUUUAUCGCGGGAUUGCCUUACUCAGCCCCCAGUACGUGCAGAAUUUGGCAGGAGGUGCAGCACAGCUGCAAGAAGCAUUCAAGCUCAAAGCUGAUGUACAGGAACGUCGGAAACUAGUACAGCAUAUUCUGAAUGAGCAUACGGAACUUCAGCAGCGGAUCAAGGCAGACAAAGGGGAUACUGGUCCCCCAAAGUUUGUACCUUUUUCUUUUUCUGCUAAGGUUCAGCAUGUAGAUGUUCGAACUAUCCCCUCUAUGCAGGAUAGGAAUUCUAGGGCAUCCCCACCACAGGAAAGUCUGAUGCACCAAGUUGAAUUGCCUCCUGAGGCAUCGCGACCAAACCCUUCAGAGCGCGAAGGUCGUUCCCUAAUAAUCGAUACCAACACGGCCGGCCUGAAGCAAGAUCGGCUAAGGCGGCUUGAAAAGGUGAACCCAAACACUUUGGGUGCUGAUAAGAUAAACUACGAAAGAAAGCCAGGGAGGGGGGGUCGUGGGCGGCGUGGUCGGCGACUCCACGACGAAAAUAUCGCAGAGUAUAUUAAACCGUCGGGAUGUCCAGUGGCAUAUAGCCUUCUUGAUCUGAUCAAAGCUGACGCAGAGCACACAAACAGCACCGCUGCUACGACAUUACUGUAUGCGAGUGAGCCAUAUGAUUACGAAGCUUGUGGCAGCAAUGCGUUGGCUCGACCAAGGGCCUCAUAUCAAUCCUCGCCGCCGAAUCCAGGGGUGUCGCAGGGGGUAAGUACCACUACUUACAUCCUAAGAGAAGCCUCUCGUGGGUGUUCUCGAGGGACACGCUGCUCGAAUCGAGGCAAUGGGAGAGCGGGAAGGGGUAGACAACGAGGAAAGGGUUCUACGUAG